GUGGUGACGGGGAAGCGUCGCUCUGUGGCUUCCCUGUUGCAGCCCGGAGAGAUUAGCGGGAGGGACGCUUCCGGUGGAGUGGCAGCUGCAUGACGGGCAGGGCAGAGAGAAACUCAGGUCACCAAGGAGACCAACUUGGAUAGCUCCCCAGACACUGGGAAGUGUGUAUAUGCGUGCGUGUCCAUUCUUUGCCUGGAGAUGUCUGCUCUUUCCAAUUAUGCCUUGCGGAUGGCCCGCCUGAGUGCCCGGAUAUUUGGAGAAGUUGUCAGGCCAACAGACAAUAAGUCUAUGAAAGUAGUGAAGCUGUUCAGCGAGCAGCCCCUUGCCAAACAGAAGGAAGUCUACGAUUGGUAUCCCCCUCACAACACCUACGUUGCCCUCAUGAAGAACCUCCGCUUCCUUGGCCUCUACAGAGAUGAACAUCAAGAUUUUAAGGAAGAGAUGAGACGGCUAAAGAAGCUCCGUGGUAAAGGAAAACCCAAGAAAGGAGAAGGAAAGAGAGCUACCAAGAAGAAAUAGUGCUACUUUGGAACUGCAACAGACUACUUUGGAAAUGUCAGAGCAAAAGUAACCCUAUCCCUUUCUUCCCAGCCAGAGAUGGAUUUGCAUGCAGCUGAGUUCAUGGCUGCAGUGGGGAUUGGGUGUAAGCAGUCUGCCAGAUAUUAAACUCUGAAUUGAACUCUCUUUUUACUAGGCCUCUUUGAGCACUCAGGUUUUUCACCAGUGACUGUAUAUAUGGGAAUAAUUCAGUAUGUUUCAGCACCCAUGAUGAUGCUGAUUUGGGUUUCAAGUGCUAUGGGAGCCCUUUUCUACCUGAGUCAGCAAUAAAAAUAAGUCUACA